CGCCCUCCCCGCUUCCAUUCCCGCUUCCAUUCCCGCUUUCAUACCGGCUUCCCGCCGCUUCCCGCCGCUUCCCGCGGCCCCCGCGYGCCAUGCUGACCUCGCGGACGUUCGUGAAGCGCACGCGGGCGGGCGCGGUGGUGAAGGUGGUGCGCGAGCAUUACCUGCGCGACGACAUCGCGUGCGGCGCCGCCGCCUGCCGCCUCUGCCCCGCCGCCCCCGCCCCCGGCACCGGGAACGGGAAUGGGAACGCGAACGGGAACGCGCCCGGGCUGGAGGCGCGGCCCAGCGGCCCCGCCAGCAGCCUCUGCCCCGGGCCACACUUCCUCCUGCCCGACACCAACCUGCUCCUGCACCAGAUUGAUAUUCUUGAACAUCCUGUUAUCAAGAAUGUCAUUGUGCUGCAGACAGUCCUGCAAGAAGUCAGRCAUCGGAGUGCACCAGUGUACAAGCGAAUUAGGGACGUGAUUCAAAACCCAGAAAAACAUUUCUAYUCUUUCACCAAUGAGCAUCACAGAGAAACAUACAUAGAGCAAAAGCGAGGAGAAACUUCUAACGACCGCAAUGACAGAGCCAUUCGGGUAGCAGUGAAAUGGUACAAUGAACACUUGAAGAAAAUAGAGGAUGAGGAGAAUAUUCAAGUUAUCUUUUUAACAAAUGACAGAACUAAUAAAGAGAAAGCUGUGGAGGAGGGGAUAACUGCUUAUACGUGUGAGGAGUAUAUAAAAAGCUUGACAGCUAAUCCUGAGCUUGUAGAUCGUCUUGCUUGUGUAACUGAUGAAGGGAAAGAAAUAGAAGGCGGAAAAAUAAUAUUCCCAGAACAUAUUCCUCUUAGCAAAUUGCAGCAAGGAAUAAAAUCUGGUAUUUACCUCCAAGGAACUUACAGGGCAAGCAGAGAGAAUUAUCUUGAAGCUACCGUUUGGGUUCAUGGAGAUGCUGAAGAAAACAAAGAGAUAAUUGUACAGGGACUGAAAAAUCUAAACCGAGCAAUUCAUGAAGAUAUUGUAGCUGUGGAGCUGUUGGCUAAAGAUGAAUGGGUGGCACCAUCCUCAGUGGUCUUGCAAGAUGAUGGYCAUAAUGAAGAGGACAUUGAAAAUGAAGAGGAGAAAGAAAACAUUCUGAAGACAUCUGUUGACAAGGACAUGCUAAGGCCUACGGGAAGAGUGGUAGGCAUUAUAAAACGAAACUGGCGGCCGUAUUGUGGCAUGCUUUCCAAGUCACAGAUCAAGGAGGCAAGGCGCCAUUUGUUCACACCAGCUGAUCGUAGAAUUCCUCGCAUUCGAAUAGAGACCAGACAAGCAGAUACAUUGGAAGGACAAAGGAUAAUUGUUGCUAUUGAUGGUUGGCCCAGAAAUUCUAGGUAUCCUAAUGGUCAUUUUGUAAAGAAUUUGGGAAGUGCUGGAGAUAAAGAGACAGAGACAGAAGUUCUUCUGCUUGAACAUGAUGUCCCUCACCAGGCUUUUUCCCAGGCUGUCCUUAGUUUCCUACCAAAAAUGCCAUGGAGCAUUACAGAAGAGGAUAUGAAACACAGGGAGGACUUAAGGCAUCUGAUUGUUUGCAGUGUUGAUCCUCCUGGUUGUACAGAUAUUGAUGAUGCAUUACAUUGUAGAGAAAUAGGAAAUGGAAAUCUAGAGGUCGGUGUACAUAUUGCAGAUGUCAGUCAUUUUAUUCGCCCAGGRAAUGCUUUGGAUGAGGAGUCAGUAAACAGAGGAACUACAGUAUAUCUGUGUGAAAAAAGGAUUGAUAUGGUUCCAGAGCUACUUAGCUCCAACUUAUGCUCCCUGAGAUCUAAUGUGGACAGGCUUGCGUUUUCAUGCAUAUGGGAGAUGAACCAUAAGGCUGAAAUUCUAAAAACCAGAUUUACGAAGAGUGUUAUUAACUCCAAGGCUUCUCUUACGUAUGCUGAAGCACAGAUGAGAAUCGAUUCAGCAGCUAUGAAUGAUGAGAUUACUACCAGCCUACGWGGACUAAACAAAUUAGCAAAAAUUCUGAAGAAGAGAAGAAUUGAUAAUGGAGCCUUGACACUUGCAUCACCAGAAGUUCGUUUCCACAUGGAUAGUGAAACUCAUGAUCCUAUUGAUCUGCAGACUAAGGAACUCAAAGAGACAAAUUCCAUGGUUGAAGAGUUCAUGUUGCUUGCCAAUAUUUCUGUAGCACAAAAAAUUUAUGAUGAGUUCCCAGAGUUUGCCUUGCUCCGAAAACAUCCUGCUCCUCCCCCAUCAAAUUAUGACAUCCUUGUGAAGGCUGCAAAGUCCAAGAAUUUGGAAAUUAAGACAGAUUCAGCAAAGGCUUUAGCCGAAUCAUUAGAUAAAGCUGAAUCUCCUACAUUCCCCUACCUAAAUACACUGCUGCGAAUUUUGACUACUCGCUGCAUGAUGCAAGCUGUUUAUUUCUGCUCGGGAAUGGAUAAUGAUUUUCAUCACUAUGGUUUAGCUUCGCCUAUUUAUACCCACUUUACCUCGCCUAUUAGAAGGUACGCUGAUAUCAUAGUCCAUCGGCUUUUGGCAGUGGCCAUAGGAGCAGACAGCACUUACCCAGAACUCACAGAUAAACACAAACUGGCAGAGAUGUGUAAAAAUCUCAAUUACCGGCAUAAAAUGGCACAAUAUGCACAAAGAGCCUCUGUUGCRUUCCAUACACAGCUGUUUUUCAAAACCAAGGGGGUAGUAAAUGAAGAUGCAUAUAUAUUAUUUGUACGAAAAAAUGCGAUUGUGGUUCUGAUUCCCAAGUACGGGUUAGAAGGAACAGUCUUCUUUGAAGAGAAAGACAAACCAACACCAAAAUUGGAGUACAAUAGUGAGGUACCAUCACUUACUGUGGAAGACACAACAUUACAUGUAUUUGAUAAAGUUAAAGUAAACAUUAUGUUAGAUGAUUCUAAUAUCCAACAUCAGAAAAUGCGGAUGGUCUUGGUGGAACCCAAGAUAUUAGGAAUUGAUGUGCCUGCAAGUCUGUCUGCAGAGGCAAGGAGCAAUGAUGAACCAGAGAAAAAGAAAAAGAAGCUACAAAAAUAGCUGGAUAUAAAGUUAAGAARAAAACACAGAAGUACUUGCAUUGAGGUAUUUUUCCCUAUGGACAAAAUGCUAGAAACGGGUUUUGUUUACUUUUUUAAAARACAUUUUAAUAAUCUGUAAAGAWUUUUUUUUUWAACUACUUUUUUAUGACUGAUUGCAGAACAGGUUUUAAAAUCAUGUCUAUCUACACUUGUGUCCUGUGGGUAAAAAUAAAUAUUUCUGCAAAAUGAAA